GGAGGAAAGGUGGAGUUUUUUUCUCUUGUCUGGGAUAAAGAAGGUGUGAAGUCUCAUGGAGAAGUUGACAACUGCUGCAACAGGUGUAUUAACAGUAUUUCUAUUUAGAGAGUGAAAUGAAUUUAUUAUUUUUGUUAUAUUAGGAGAAUUGAAUUUGUUUUAGCUGUUGGUGUUUCGCCGAGUGGGAGUUGUUGCACCUUCUAAGGUGACAUUUCUAAUUGUUAUUCUAGAUGUAUUUUUAGUUUCAAACUAUUUGUAGUGCAUUUUUAGGCAACCGGAUUGCCCCUUGCUUCGGGUUGUUAUAGUAUCUUUUAAUGGAUUAAACCAUUGGCUGCACGCUCUCAGUAAAAAAGAAGAAGAAGGCAAACAGAAUCCAGUAUAAGCAGCGCCCGGUGAAAUGCAGGACUACGAGGAGUCCCUGUCGUUUUUGGGGACUUGGGGCCCGUUUCAGAAGAGAGUAUUCUACCUGCUCGGCCUCGCCAUCAUCCCAAGCGGAUACAACCUGCUGUGCGUCAUCUUCCUGCUGGCUGCGCCCCCCCACCACUGCUCCAUCCCCCACCACAGCAACCUGAGCCACGACUGGAUCCAGGCCAGCAUCCCAGUACAGCAGGUGGCCGGGCGGCCGGAGAGAAGCAGCUGUAGCCGGUACGAGCUGGACCAGGUGCAGAACCUGUCGGCAUCGGGAACCACCCUCGGCCUGGACCUGACUCACAACCUGUCAAGUCCGCAGGUCCUCCUCUCCAGCCUGACACAGGAGGGCUGUAGAGAUGGGUGGACCUACAGCACCGAGCACUACCAGUCUACAGUAGUCAGUGAGUUCAACCUGGUGUGCAGCGACCAGUGGAAACAGCCGCUCACCUCUGUUUUCUACUUCCUGGGAGGAUUGCUGGGAUGCUUUGUGUCUGGACAGAUCUCUGACCGGUUUGGCAGGAAGCCCGUGCUGUUUGGGGCCAUCGUCGGCCUCAGCAUCUUCAGCAGCGCGUUGGCCUUCGCUUCCUCCUGGCCCGUCUUCGUCGUGCUCUUCUUCAUGCUGGGCCUGGGUCAGCUCACCUGCUACAUAGUUGUGUUUGUACUGGGCUCAGAGAUCUUGAUGGGUCCAACCAGAGUUAUCUUCUCCAGCCUUUGCUUGCCUUGGGCUUACGUGUUUGGUGAAUUGAUGCUGCCUGUCACUUCCUACCUGCUCAGGAACUGGAGACACUUGUCUCUGGCGAUGGCCGUGCCAGGCUUGGCAUGUGUCCCCCUCUGGUGGCUGAUUCCAGAGUCGCCGCGCUGGUUGGUGUCUCGUGGCCGUGUUCAGGAAGCAGAACUCCUCCUGAGGUCGGCGGCUCUGCAGAACCGGGUGGAGGCGCCGCAUGUCAUCUUUUUCACAGCCAAAGUUGAAAAACCAACGAGUGAGAAGGCAGAGUCGGCCACCUUCCUGGACCUGCUGAGAACACCAAACAUUCGACACAUAACACUUAUUCUUUGGUUCAUAUGGUUUUCCAACAAUGUGUGUUACUUUGGCUUGUCAUUCAACAUGUCCAGCCUCUAUGGGAACCCCUUCCUGAACUACUCCCUGUUGACGGCGGUUGAGCUCCCUGCGUUCGCGGCCUGCUGGCUGGCGGCGCGCCGUCUCCCUCGCCGCCAGUCGUACGUGUGCUUCGUCCUCCUGGGGGCGCUGGCGCUGCUGCUCAUCCAGCUCACUCUGAACAGUCAGCCGGUUCUCACCCUGAUCCUGGUGCUUGUGGGUAAAUUUGGCCUUCUGGCCGGCACCGGGGUGUUAUACACGUACACCAGUGAGCUGUCUCCCACAGUCAUCAGGACCACGGCCAUGUCUACCUGUGCCAUGUUCUCCAGAGUGGGAUCCUCUGUGUCCCCAUACCUGCUGCAGCUGGCUGUUUUCAAUCAGUUCCUCCCGUGGAUCGUUGUGGGCGCCCUGUCGUUGCUCAGCGUUGUGAUCUGCGUCUUCCUGCCGGAGACCUUCAGGCAGCCGCUGCCUGACACCAUCCAGCAGGUGGCGGUCCCACAGCGGUUCAGGUGGCCAUGGGCCUCCACCCUUCCCCCAAAGGAGGGUUGGAAAUCAGCCGAAGACACAACUGCUGCACCUGAGGUCAUCUGCACAACUUGCCUAUAAGACAUAUGACACAAAUGGAUGGAAAACCAAAGCAAUUGAUGAACCCAAAACCUGUUUAAGACUUGUGAACAUUGAGAGUGAUGCAUUCAUGCAGCCAUUCAUCGCUCUGCCGUGAGGCAUCUGACAUUUCAGAUAACGUCCAACUCGGUGGACAACAUGGUGCCCUUUGGUUAUGUAGAAAUGACACACUAACAAAAGUUAAGAAUAGUAUUUUGUAUUUGCUCCAAUAAAUCCCCCAAAUCCUACACAACUUUAAAAUGGAUCACUUUGCCUCAUCUGCCUUAGUCUAGUUUACUAUGUUUCCACUUCGAGAUUCAGAUAUAGGUAAUAUGAAUUUGAAUUUUUUGCACUGUAUAUAAAGAACGUUUUGUUUUGUUUCUACUGCUAUUAUUGAGGAAACAUAUGGAUAUGUAGACUUUAAAUGUAUGGUAAUAAAUAAAUGAAUCAAUCCAAACAGAGUAAUCAAAAUUCUCUGUUUUAUUUAAUGUAUUGUACUAGACUUUUAUAUAUGUAGUGCUUAUUGUUUUAUUUUAAAAUAAAUGUGAUAUGAGAGUACCUUCUCAGUGUAAUGAACAGGAUGGGGAGUGGCCUCUCCGACUAUGGCCAAGUUCCUUCAUGAAACGAAUAGCCACACAAAAUGAAAAAAUAAUAAAAUUAUAUUAGGGGCAGACAACAUUGGCAUAACUGGUUUAAUAAACAGCGACCAUGCACACUAAUACGUUAGUCAAGAUGUAUCUGUGGUCCCUGGACAUAUGUGACAAAGACAUUAAAAUGAUCUAAAGGGGAUGUCUCUGGUAUAUUUCUAUGGUAAAAAACACUAAUUAUAGCAAUAUAG